CUGUGUUCCUUCAACUCUGUUGGCAGCUUGGCAGAUGUUUAAUGGCGACCGCUAGUGACGGGUCGCCUGCAUGACCUGUCAUCCACGAACUAUUUACCGUAGAACCUUAGGGCAUUUGUUUACGUAAAUAUGACGGGCAUAUUACCAUCGUACCAACGCUUUGUUAACGGGGUUCCAGUGCCGUCCAUAUCUCGGCGGUCGUUCCGCCUUCGGGAGAAAUAUUUGAUUGUUUCUGUACUUUUGACAUUCGGAAUCGUGUGGCUAGGAGCGCUGUUCUAUUUGCCGGAAUUCAAAAGUUCCACGAGUGUGAACGAUAGUGUGUAUAAUGUGUACAAGCGUAUUCAGAAAGCGGGGCCGGAGCUGCUGAUGCCGCCUCCGCUGGCGCAGAAUGAGUUGGGAGACUUCCCUGCGGCUGCUCACCACGGGGAGUCGGACGGGGAGGAUCCUCACGUGGCCGAGGACAGGAACCGUCUGCGUGCUAAGAUAGAGGAGGAUAUGGGCAUGAAAGUGCUGGAGAGGCCUCAGUUUGAGGCUGUAGCGUCUGCCUCCUCAUCUAAAGGCACAAGUAAGAGGCCUGUGGAUGCUCUUGAGGAGCCCGCUGCGGGUAAUAAUGCUGCAAGCAAAAAUGUGUCCCCGUCUGAGCCUAAAUUGGAAGGCUCUGAGAACCAGUAUGCAGUUGUGGCGCUGAGUUCAAAUGCUGAUCCGGACAUCAAGCAUAAACUAGGAGUUGUUAAAGAGAUGAUGCGACAUGCGUGGAACAACUACAAGCUCUAUGCGUGGGGCAAAAACGAGCUGAAGCCGAUCUCCAAACGCGCGCACCUCUCCAGCGUGUUUGGUAACGGCGAGCUAGGCGCCACCAUCGUCGACGGACUCGACACGCUGUACCUAAUGGGGCUGCGGGACGAGUUCCGGGAGGGACGCGAGUGGGUUGCGGAACAUCUACAUAUUGGAGAUGUCGAUUCCGAUCUGUCGGUGUUCGAGACGAACAUCCGCUUCGUCGGCGGUCUGCUGUCCUGCUACUCAUUAACCGGCGACAGCCUCUUCAAGGACAAGGCGGUGGAGGUCGCCGACGCGCUGUUGCCAGCUUUCGAGACCCCUACCGGCCUGCCGUAUGCUCUCAUCAAUCCCUCAACUAAGGCGAGCCGGCAGUACCACUGGGCGGGACCCAACAGCAUUCUGUCAGAGAUCGGCACCCUCGAUCUUGAAUUCAAGUAUUUGAGCGACGUCACGGGGAAAGAUGUGUACAGAAAAAAGGUGGAGCGCAUCCGGGACGUGCUAAACAACAUCGAGAAGCCGAGCGGACUGUACCCUAACUUCAUCAACCCUCGCACCGGACAGUGGGGACAGAGGCACAUGUCCCUCGGAGCGCUCGGCGACUCCUUCUACGAGUAUCUCCUGAAGGCGUGGCUGAUGUCCGGACAGACGGACGAGCAGGCACGCGCCAUGUUCGACGAAGCCAUGCCCGCUGCCUUGGACAAGAUGCUGCGGGUGUCGCCUUCUGGGCUCUCGUAUCUCGCUGAGAUGAAGUAUGGAAGAAUAUUGGAGGAGAAGAUGGAUCACUUGUCGUGCUUUGCAGGUGGCAUGUUCGGACUGGCUUCCACGACACUGGAAAACACGCUAUCAGAACGGUACAUGGACGUGGCCAAGAAGCUGACACACACCUGCCACGAGAGCUACGCGCGCUCCGAGACCAAAUUAGGACCCGAGGCCUUCAGAUUUUCAGGUGCAGUUGAAGCUAGAGCGCAAAAGAGCAACGAGAAAGUAUACCUACUACGACCGGAGACCUUCGAGAGCUACUUCAUCAUGUGGCGUCUGACCAAAGACCAGAAAUACCGGGAUUGGGGUUGGGAGGCUGUGCAGGCUUUGGAGAAGCACUGCCGCGUGGAGGGCGGGUACACGGGUCUGGUGAACGUGUACCACAGCAAGCCGCAGGGCGACGACGUGCAACAGAGCUUCUUCCUUGCCGAGACGCUCAAGUAUCUGUACCUGCUGUUCGCGGAUGACUCGCUGGUUCCGUUGGCCGAAUGGGUGUUCAACACAGAGGCGCACCCGCUGCCCGUACGGAACAAGAACCCCCUGUACCGCCCCGCGCACCCCGCCGACGCCAGCAUAGACAACCAACUCUAAAACUACGUCACACAUUAGGUUGGCUAGUCUAUGGUAGAAAUAUCUCAAUUACUGGGAUUUUCGGGUAAACGGGUGACAUUUUAAUGGCAAUAUGGGACUUUAAAAUACCGCUAUGGGAUUUUGCGCUGGUGGCCUAGCAGUAAGAGCGUGCGACUUGCAAUCCGGAGGUUCAAACCCCGGCUCGCACCAAUGAGUUUUUCGGAACUUAUAUACUAAAUAUCAUUUGAUAUUUACCAGUCGCUUUUCGCUGAAGGAAAACAUCGUGAGGAAACCGGACUAAUAGCAAUAAGGCCUAGUUUCCCCUCUGGGUUGGAAGGUCAGAUGGCAGUCGCUUUCGUAAAAACUAGUGCCUACAUCAAAUCAUGGGAUUAGUUGCCAUGCGGACCCCGUGGCAAAAUGCCAGGAUAACGCGAGGAAUCAUAUGUUGCCAUCAAAAUAUGACCCGUUUAAAAAGAUCUUUAGAAUUGAACUGAGCUGAAAUGAUUGCUAAUACAAGGGUACAAACGGCAACACUCCUAACUGUACAUCGGUGGACCUUAUUACAAAAGGCAUAAGGUCCACCGAUGUACAAUUAACAGUGUGGGCGAUGGUACAAGACAUGAAAGCACGAUUAGUCGACUUUUAGCAGUACUUUUUAAGAUUGUGUAUGGUCUAAAGGGGCCCACAGAUUACCAGUUCGCCGGACGAUAUCAGCCCGUCAGUUGUACAGAACUGUCACCUUUUGCGUUU